AUGUUUGAGACAACUCUACUGUUUCUCAUCUUGUUUGUAAAUUGUGAAUUCUGUGAAAUUACGAGUUCUCCACAAACUCCUGCAUCUGACAUCACGUCAGAAAUCUUUCUUCAGCAAGAACAUCAGCAACAACGAGAUGAUCACGCUGAACAAGUCUACACGGGAGAGCAAUUGAAAAUUAUUCAAAUGAAACAACAUGCAUUGAAGAAGGUCAUUCAAAUCUUGAUGGCCAUUUCAGUCUCGAUGGGGGGUCAAUUUGUGGCAGUUUCAUGCAUUCCAUUGUAUUUCUUGAACAAGUAUGUGGCGUUAGGAUUUUAUGCUUUGCAUAAUUCAACCAUUGCGGCAUUAGUGAUCAUGUUCUUGAUGACGCAUCCAAGAGUGGAGGAAAUGCAGAAAUUGUUUGUGGCGAACGGAAAGAAAUGGUUUGGCAGAAAUCGAGGAUCCUCUUUUGAAUCCAAACUGAAUUGUACACUUCCUGACUUGUCCAACACGUACAACUUUGCAAGGGUACCACUAUUGUCCUUCUUAAUUUCGUCAAUGACUCUCAUGGCCUGA